AUGGACCUGAUAUCACACUUGUCCCGGAAUUUCUGGGACUUCUGCAAGAGGAAUAUUAUUCCGGAUGUCUUCAUCAAGAGGAGGUUCAACUUCAUCACCAUACAUUAUUGUUACAUGAUUGGAAUGACAAUUCUGGGCUCGGUCAUCAUAUAUGGCAUUGGUGGUAUAGCAUACAUCGACGCCUUGUUCUUUGCCUCGGGAGCCUGUACCCAGAGCGGUCUGAACACCAUCGACGUGAACAACCUCAAAGUCGGCCAGCAAUUCAUGCUCUUCUUCCUCGCCAUGCUUUGCAAUCCCAUUGUCGUCAACUCGGCCGUCGUCUUCGCCCGACUGUAUUGGUUCGAAAAACGGUUCGAGGCCGUCGUCAAGACCUCAACUGCCAUGCGACGAACAAGAUCCAGGCAACGCACCACUACAAUUGGAAGGGAUGACCCGGAACCAGGUCUGCCGGGCGUCGCAGGGAAAGCAAUCCGGAUCUUGCGAAACACCGGGCGCAGCCAAGGCCCUGCAGACGCAGAGAAGCUCGGCAACGGCAACGGGAAGGCAGCGGAUUCGUCUGACACGUCUCAGGAAGAGCAAGAGGAAUUGAGGCGUCCCGUACCUGAUCAUCGUCCACUGUUCCAGACAGUUCAGUCCAAUGAUGAUUUGCGUGUGCCUCCCCAGAUGAGUCCAGAGCAACACAUCCGCUUUCUCGAGAAUCAACGAAAUCCCAGUGACACGACUACUCUGCGAAUCCCCAGCCCUCGCGAAUUCGAGCUGGGCGGUCGGCCUCAACAUGUUAGUUCCAGCUUUGACCAGAAUGUCUUGCGUCCAGUCGCGAGUGAACCCGACCUCUCCAACACUAAUGAAGGAGAAAUCGACGUGGUAGCUGAGGAUGACCCUGCUCCUCCUGCACACAUCACCAUCAACGAACCAACACACUUGCGAGACCGCCAGGACCGGACCAAUACCUUUCCCCGGCUCAACACAAGACAAUCUACAGAACCUCCACAUACCUACGAUUCCCCUGAGCCUAGCUCUCACCUCCGCCGGAGGGGUUCACUACAUCGCGUGAACACGCCACGUGCACAGGACCUUGCCCCAUACCUGAGUUGGCAACCGACCAUCGGGAGGAACUCAUUUUUCCUUGGUCUGACCGAGGAGCAGCGAGAAGAGCUGGGCGGGAUAGAAUAUCGGGCACUCAAGGCCUUGGCACUGAUCCUCGUCCUGUACUUCUUCUCGUUUCACGUCCUCGGUAUCAUCUGUCUAACCCCGUGGAUCUUGCACACGAGUUAUGGAAAGUAUGUGACAGAACAGUCGCAGGGAAGAGUCUGGUGGGGACUCUUUACGAGUGCUUCUGCCUUCAACGAUCUCGGCUUCACCCUUACCAACAAUUCCAUGAUCUCAUUCCAGCUGGCCGUGUUUCCCCUGCUGUUGAUGACCUUUCUGAUAGUCAUUGGGAACACUGGAUUUCCAUGCAUGUUGAGGCUUGUUAUAUGGGCCACUUCGAAGUGUGUCCGAACAGGCACUCCGUUGUGGGAGGAGCUCCAAUUUCUUCUGGAUCAUCCACGUCGCUGCUUCACCCUCCUGUUUCCUCGAGAAGCGACUUGGUGGCUGUUUGCUAUCCUCGUUAUCCUCAACGGACUGGAUCUAAUCUUCUUCAUCAUUCUCGAUCUCAAUGAUCCCACCGUCACGUCCUUACCUGGGGGGCUACGGUUUCUUGAUGGUCUAUUUCAAGCCGCGUCGACUCGAACGGCGGGAUUUUCCGUGGUCAACCUCGCCGACCUCCACCCUGCCAUUCAGGUCAGUUAUCUGAUCAUGAUGUACAUAUCCGUCUUUCCAAUUGCCAUUUCCAUGCGACGAACCAAUGUGUACGAGGAGAAGAGUCUGGGUAUCUAUGGAACUCCAGCCGAGGAGGACGAAGACGAGGGCGAGCCAAGCUAUAUCGGCGCGCAUUUGCGGAGGCAGCUUUCCUUUGAUUUGUGGUACAUCUUUCUGGGCAUGUUCAUCAUUGCCAUUGUCGAAGGCGGACGACUGCAGAAUCCCAACGACAACGCAUUUUCCCUGUUUGCUGUCCUCUUCGAAAUUGUCUCCGCUUAUGGCACUGUCGGUCUUUCCCUAGGCUACCCGACCAUCAACGCUUCCUUUUCAGCAGAGUUCCACAAACUAUCAAAGUUGGUGAUAAUCGCCAUGCAGAUCCGUGGAAGACACCGUGGACUCCCCUACGAGCUUGACCGCGCCAUCCUUUUACCUUCCGAGAGUCUGCAAGCGAAAGAAGCCAAGGAGGCUGAAAGAGUCAUGUCUCGGGUACAGCGUCGGAGGUCGUCCAUAGGAGCGUACUCGACGACGUCGGCUGUCGACGGGAACAUGGAAGGACGCCAGUUCCGCCCUGAGACGGGGCUGUCUUCUGGGUUGCGAGAUAUCGACGAGAAUUCAGAGUUCCCCCGUCCUCGCGCCAAUACGAACCGAUCGCACCACAGAACGGGGAGCUCAACAGACCAUCAGCUACAUAGUGACCGACACAGUGAACCGCACAGUGCACGGCGCGGUCUGGGGGUGGGAAUGUUCAAGCUAGCACACGGCGUUGAGGCCAUCAAGGAGGAAAAGUCCCGGGAGUAG